AUGCCUCAGUACAGAAACGGCCAGAGUGUUAUCUACAAGCCCGUUGGUGCUACGUCUCAUUCCCAUCCGCAACAUUAUAUAUCAAUGAGUGAGAAACUGACAAUCCCAAUCAAAGGACCCGACUCAAGGACCCCCGAGAGUAUCGGGACUGUCCUCACCGAGGCUGGAAACCAGGCUAGUCUGAACGUUCAUGCGAGCGAAGAGAACCCUAGAUAUGAGAUUGAGAACCAGAAUACUGGAAAGACGACAACUGUUUAUGAGAGGAAUAUUCUUGGUCCUACUGAGUAG